AUGCUACUUGGAGAUUAUACCCUCCUUACAUUUAAGGACGACGCGCGCCGAACCCCUGGCAAGGAUGCAAACACAAUAUUUUUCAAUAAGACAAACGGCGAGCUCGUCCCACAGCAGGAGAACCGGGGUCCAACCCGCUUCUCUUUCUGCAAGCUGGAAUCGAGUGGUAAGUGGCAGCCAUUGAAUGGAUCGGCCAUUAGGAACGGUGACAAGGUGACCCUCUGGUGCCAUUCACUCGGCGAAGGGGGCUGGAAGAGUCUCAACGAGCCCCCGGCAUCGGCUGUUCAGGCCAUGUACAACAAGGAUGUUAGGUUCAACGUUCCGAGCCAGACUUUUACGGCGGUCAAUGGCUACGCACCCGCCAUUUUCACCGUCGAGUAUAUUUGA